UUUGAUAUCUGUCAAUGCACUUGUAAAGAUUUCCCAUGACUUUUACAUUUUAUUGCUUGUUAUAAUUAUUUUUUACGUUUUAAAUGGAAGACAAUUAUAAAAUAUUUGAAAUAGUGGCACCUAGAAUAUCGGUGCUUGAUGCAAAGGAAGUUGAUAAUGUAAUUUUCCAAGUCCUGAAAUCACAGAUUGAAUAUAUAAACAAAUGGCUUCCUGCAUGGUUUUUAAACAACUUAGGACCUGAAUUAAAUACUAUUUUGAAAUUUUGCAUGUGGAAGGUUUCAAUUGAUAGAUCAAAAUCAUCAUUUGGUCAACAAUUGUUGCAUUUAAAGUAUUCUAAUGAUUCUCAUGUUUGGAAAUUGAGAGCUCUUGGACUGUUAACUAUUGGUGGCUCAUAUAUCAAAGAAAGGAUUUGGAAUCUCUCCGGAAGCAAUCAGAGUUUAAGGAGAGUUAAUUCGUUAAUGGAUAAAGUUGAAACAUUUAUUAAAAUUCUUAAUAUUUUUACAAUUGUGAAUUUUUUAAGAAAGGGAGGUGCUCCAAGUUUUUUGGAAUAUAUUCUUAAUUUGACUCCUGUCUCAACUGUUCCAACUUCUAAAAGAAAUGUGGGUUAUGUGUACAUGACGAGGGAACUGAUUUGGCAUGGUUUUAUGGAGUUUUUAGUUAUUAUUAUUCCACUCAUAAACUAUUCUAAAUUGAAAAGAAAAGUAACAAAAAUGAUUAAAGGAUCCGUAUCUUCUGAAUCCUUAUCUUUGAACCACACCUUCUCUUCUAUUAGCAAAUGUGCACUUUGUGGAGAAUCGCCUAUAUUACCUCAUCAAAUGGGAUGCUCUCAUUGCUUUUGCUUCCAUUGUCUGGCAACUAACAGAGAGUUGGACAGUUCAUUUGAGUGCCCAGAAUGUGGGUUUAACAAUCCAGAAAAAUCUGCCAUGAAACCAGUACAUGCAUUUUCUUGAUAGUUGUAACCUGCGAAAAUGCUGUUUUUUCAAAUUCAGUUUCUCAUCUGUGAUUAAUAAUUGUGAUAUUAGAUCGUUUUUUUCUUAAAUUAUAAUUGUAAUGUAGUUAAUAUUAUGCAUUAAUUUUGGUUAAUUUUUCAUUGAAUUUUCGGGAAAUAAGCAUCAACUUGUCUUCGACUAAUUUUGGGCCAAGAGCUUGUGAAGAAAAUGAAUUUCCAUUCUUAGUCGGAAUGUUUACUAUUUUAGUCUUUUUAUGACCGCCACCCCGGACCAUCUUCUUAUUCAAUAAUAUAUCACGGUCAACAAUCAAGUAUUCAAUAUAUCACAAAAACACAGGACGAAAAAUGACAAGUUACAAACUCAGAGCACCUCUUCCCUGCAGUACCAGACUCCAAGUAACAGAUCCACACCUCAGGCUUUACCCCAACUUCACUAUAACUCUGAUUCUCUACCUUUCGCUACACGUUUCAUUCUCCCCAUCUUCUGGUAUUUAAAAUACGAGAACUCAUAUUGAUUCCACAGAAUCGAUUAGUCCUAGCAUCUUUAAUUUUCUGAAGUCAAAAUUUCAUUUACACAAAUCUAAGUUUAAUAUUUGUAACUGGUUUCAACCCAAACUCCCAACUGCAUACAACCCCCUGAAGAAGACCUGGAAAUUCAGGUUGUUGCAAAGAACUGUGAGCUUAAGAUACGCCCCGUGCUAGAAACUCUGGAGAGGAGACAGCUGAGGUGGUACGGACAUGUCUGCCGGAUGGACUACCACAGAGACCCAGUUAAAACCCUAGAGGUGAAGCCGAUGGGGAGAUGAUAGAGAGGGCGACCAAGAACCUCAUACGUUAGUCAUGUGGAAGGAAUUGGAAGACGAAGAGGGAAGACCCUGGAAGAGAUGAUGAACCUUGCCGGGAACAGGGAUGCAUGGAAACCGAUGGCUGGAAGCACCCCCACGCUGAGAGGCAAGUGGGUGGAAGAGAAAGAAAAAGAAGUGUAUGAAGCGGUAUUUAAUAUAAAUAUUUAUAAAAUAGAAGAAUUCCAUUAUAAUUUGUACAUUUACAGAUAUAAAAUAACUAUUUGACAUAAUAAGGUCUCUCAUAUAGCCAGUUUUUCCAGCAA